CUUGAAAAGUGGUGUGCACCCACUGACUGAGGUAAACAACAUUUCACAUUGUUUACAAAAUGACCAAAGCGAAUAAAACCCCGCAAAAAGCCAGUGAGCCCAAUAUGAGUGCCUCUCUGACACCAGUUCGAUAUCUGGACAGCCCCCGCCUGCAGUCGCCCACAAGUCAUGAUUCCAAUUUGGCCACCUGCAAAACCAGAUUGGAGACUAUAGUCAAGCAGAUCCAGGACAACUACGCCAAAUGGCAGUUGGCCCAGCAGCGGGGCACCGCCAUUUGCUACUCCAUCGAGGCCAAGAAGACCAAGUGCCUGGAAAAAAGCCAGGAUGACGGGGCUACCUCCAGUUAUCCCGAUGAUCUCCUCCUGCCCUGCAACAAGUUGGCCAUCAUAGCCUCGAUUUUCGGGGAUAUAGCCAAUAAUACCAAGGAAAUUCUGAGGCAGCUUAGGGCUAUUUGUAAAUUACCAGGAACUGCAGCGGACGCGAUAUUCUACAGGUCCUGGAAGUUGCCGCAAUUCGUUGCCUUCACCGCAGAACUAGCCGAAAGAUACGGAAUGGAGGCCCUGGUCAAGAAGAAGGUGGCCGAAAACAUUGCUCACUCGACUGAAAGAAGCCAGCUCAUUGCGUUCACAACCUUGUGGGAGUUUCCCGAGCACGUGGAUUCCUAUGUCCAGUUGGGUUUUCUGCUCUUCGCAGAGGAAGUCGGCUUAAAACAAUAAAUAAAUCUACUUUAAACUUGUUAAUAAAACUUUUAUGUUCGUGGUGGGCAGUAAGACUUCA